CUCUCCGACUGCGCCUCGCUCCGAAUCGACGCUCGGCGCAGCUUCGUUCGCCCAUUGUCACUGGCGCGCGUCCGCUCGACACAAGCGCGUUUCGCUUUCGCAUUUGUCAAUCGAGGAUAUUGGCUGCGAGCGACAUGUAGGUCCGGAUUCCUCUGUGUCGGCCUCCUUCUCUUCCCCCUUUUCCCUCUCUCUCUCUCUCUCUCUCUCUCUUUCUCUCUCUUUCUCUGCUUUAUAUACCUCGUUGUCCUCGGCUUUUUGACUUUUUAAAGCUGAAAAUCCCAACGACUAAAUCCCCCUUUGGAGAAAAGUAUAGGUGCACCUCCCCCGUGCGCGAGCACCUUUCCUCUCGGUCCGUCCCUUACCUUGAAUAUCCCUCUCUCUCUCUCUCUCUCUCUCUCUCUCUCUCUCUCUCUAUUGCUUUCUCCGUACCCCCACUCCAGCUCCCUUGCUGUGUCGUCUACCGAGGCUCGCUCUCCCGCGUGCAGUGCUUCAGUCGGUCGCGCGGUGCGAUGCGCGCCUAGGAUUUCGAAGCGGCGCGUGAAACGACCUCUAAUAUAGCGGCAGGUGGGCAGCGUGCGCGUCGCACUCUUGUGAGAAUGAAAAGUGGCCGCAUCAUAUGAGACGGCUGGGGCGAAAACAGUGUGGAAUUCCGCUGCGUUGUUGUGCAUCCAGCCGAGCGUGUGAAAGAUCAAAAGGCAGCACAGCAGACCGUCGAGUUUGCCCAUCUAGCAACGCUACGCUGUCCAGCUCUUGGAAAUUGGUCAAAAAAGAACGCGAAUGUGCACUUCAGCUCGACACACACUUAACCCCAGUCUCCCUUAUUUAAGGUAGUACGAGAAAGCUGCGGCUCGGCUCAUAUGGAAUGGCAGGUCGCGCGGGCAGCGGCGUUGAGCCAUCGUCAGGAAGGUGCUGGCGUGGGCGACGGUCGCAGCGGUCGGCCGGUCGACUGUCGAUAUCGGCGGUUCUGGGUGCGCUGCUGACGGUGCAGGCGGCCAGCGCGGGCCUCUGCCCAGCCCGGUGCCGCUGCGACGACGACUCGCUGCGCAGCAGCUGCGCCUACGGCGGCCUCGACAUCGUGCCCAUCCAGCUGAACCCGGACGUCCGGCACCUGGACCUGUCGGGCAACCGGAUCUCCGGCCUGCACAUGGCCUUCGACUUCUACGGCAACCUCGAGUCGCUCAACCUCAGCUCCAACCUCGUGCACACCCUCGGCUCCAACAACUUCCGCCAGCAGCACAGCCUCGUCAGCCUGAACCUCAGCACCAACUCCAUCCACAGCCUGACCAAGAACGCGCUGCACGGGCUGAGCGUGCUCAAGAGCCUCGACCUGUCCAACAACAACAUCAGCGACAUCAACGAAGAGGCGUUCCGCUACACGAGCGACCUCGAGCAGCUCAACCUCAGCGGCAACUCCAUCACCAGCUUGCCCGCGGGCCUGCUGCGGAAUCUGCACAGGAUACGGCACCUGGUGCUGACGCGCAACUCGCUGCUGGAGGUGCCUUCGUCGAACCUCGCGCUGGCGCCGAGCCUCGAGCGCCUCGACCUUUCCGACAACCUGAUCCAGGAGCUCGGCCGGGACUCGCUGUCCUCGCUGCCUGCCCUCGCGUACCUCAGCCUGGCCAACAACGUGCUCAGGAGCAUCUCCGACGACGCCUUCGAGCGCGUGCCCGGGCUGCUGCACCUCGACCUCGGCGGCAACAACGUCACCUCGGUGCCCAGCGGCGCCCUCGCCAAGCUCGCGGUCCUCACCAGCCUGGUGCUCAGCCGCAACCCGCUGGGCGAGCUGCCCAGCCUGGCCUUCCGCAACCUCUUCGAGCUGCGCAGCCUCGAGCUCAACGAGUGCUCGGUCAGCCGGGUGGAGGCGCGGGCCUUCGCCGACAACGUCAACCUCGAGCGCUUCUCCAUGGACGGCAACCGCGACCUCGUCGAGCUGCCCGCUCGCGUGCUCUACGCCGCCGGCAACCUCAGGUGGGUGUCGCUACGCCGCUGCAGUCUGGCCUCGCUGCAGCCCACGCAGUUCCCGGUGGACGGCCUAGCCGCGCUGAGGGUGGGUGGCAAUCCCCUCGUGUGCAACUGCUCGGUGCACUGGCUCUGGAACGUGCUGCGUGGCAACGGCACGCUCGAGAUCGACAGCCAGGAGAUCGUUUGCCGCGACGAGGAGUUCGCCGGCAAACUGCUCGCCAACUUGCCCGAAGGCUCGCUCAGGUGCCGACUGAGUCCGCUCUACCUCUCGCUGUCGGCGGCUGGCUGUCUCGCCGCCACCGCUGCUAUCCUCGCUCUAGUCGCCCACAUCACCAGGCUCAAGAGGAGGAAGCGGGUACCCUCUUACGCCGCGCCCACCAGGCCCGAACUGCUUGUCUACGUCGGCAGGCCUGGCGACGAACUGCCCGACAAGCAUCACGAGUCCUACAGUCGCAGGCUCAUCGCCCGAACUGAGGAUCUGGUUUACGACCCUGCUAACCAAGCAGAGUACCAGCACUCUCGUCAAAAAUCAGGCAGCGAGUCGCCGGAAUCCCGUGAGACGAACGUUUACGAGACGCCUCGGUACUCACGGCCCAACGGCAGUAGACGGGACGUCGACGCUCAGAGCUUCAACUCGUCGUUUUACCAGCAGCAGCAGCAGCAACACCAACAGCAGCAGUGUCCGGCGACACCUCCGUCCAGUCAGCUGCAGCUACAACAGCCAGGCUACUUGACGGCAAACGACUUGCUGAUGGGCGGCGGCGGCGGCGGCGGCGGCGGCGGCUUACUUCAGCAAGAGGGCGUUUAUGCGGUGGCCGACGUAACGAACCUGAGGGUCGACGAGCCGCCGGUUUACCGGACGUCUCAUCGCAGCAGCGAGCGCCGACAGCAGCAGCAGCAGCAGCAGCAGCAGCAGCAGCAUCGCAAUCAUCACAGGCCCGCCGCGGCUUAUGACUACGACUACGAGUACGAGUAUCAGCAACCGCCGCAGCCAGCCACGGCUCCGCCGCCACCUCAGCUGCCACCGCAAAAGCCACACGUCGUAUUCGUCUAGUGCAGUGCAGUGCAGCCCCGCCCUUUAUAACCUUGUGAUCGCGAUGGAUCGUCGUAUUACGUUAUACUUUUUUUUUUCUUUCUUUUCGUUUUAUCGCCUGAUCAAUUCGCAAUAUUUCGCUUCUUUUCAUGCUUAUUGCGUCCAUUAAUUAUUCAUCGUUCGAAAGAGAGAGUUUACGCCCCGCAGUCGGUUCUGUUCGACUGCGCAUUGCGUAACGAGAUGCAUGUGCGGUGUACCCUCAGUUGGAAAGGGCCAAUUACAUUGACGCGUCUGCGUGAGGGAUAUUUUAUCGGGCAGCAAGCCUGCGCGAUAUCUCUCGCCCUCUUCUUCCCUCCUGCUUUUUUUUCCUCUCUUUUUAUUUGUAUUUAUUUAAUUUGAUUUGCACGUUGCGAUGUUAGGCGUGUUCGCUCGUGAGUUGUGUACUCUCUCAAUGAUCGUGUCGAUAUAUGGGAAAUGCACUGAAAAUUAUCGAGAUGAAUCUAAUGAAUUUCUGAUGGAAAAAGCAAUAAUGAAUCCUAGGGGCUAUAUCGAUAGUUGUUUCUUGUUGAUAUAUCUCGUUGGUCUUUCAGUGCUCUUCGAAAGAACGAUGAUGUAUGUGUAGCAACGCGUCGUUAUAUAUUUGUAAAGUUAGUUGCGAUAACUAAAAAAGAAAAUAAGAGCAUUUACGUACAUUGUAAUUGUGAUUUGUACAUUAAUUUUUAAGGGACGUUUAUCGGAUUUUUUGAAUCUUCGAAUAUUUAAUUUUAGAGCUGUAAGAGUAAUAGGUAGUAUUAUUUGAAUGUAAGCAAUUGUAUAAAAAACAACAAACAAACAAGAGGUAAUAAUAACAUUUAUCUUCGUAUAAAUAUUUUAAAUAAUCAAAUUGUUUUAUAAACGAUUCGGUGUAUAAAUGAAAAAAGUACUAUGCAUCGUAAAUAUAGUUCGUAUAGUACUUUGGACAAGUACAAUAAUUGCGAUAAUAAGCACUAACCUUAAACAAAUCAAAAAAAAAAAUUAAUAAUGUAUUAAACAAAUUUAGUGAAAACGCUAGUAAAAAGAAUAACAAAAUAACAAAGUUUUAAUACUCCGCCCUACGCAAUUUCCUUUCGAGGUGUAAAAUAAUACAGGUAAAUUUCAUAUAUAUCGGGACAGUCUCGACAACGGAUUCCACAAGACAACAUCUUUUUCGGUACUUAGUGAGGUAUGCAAAUUCUUUUCUCAAAAGUCAUUGAUACUUAGACAAAGCAACAGCAAAACUUUAAAUGUAUCUAUCGAAAAGCAAAUUAUAGUACAACUUGUAACGACAUUUGAAGGAACGCAGAUUAAUGAAGCGAUUCCUAAUUUUUGUAAUUUACGAUUCCCGAUGCAUUCGCCGUUAAAAUAUGUUAUUAUUUCGCCAAAACCCAGCUAGUUUAU